AGGGGGGAGCCCUAUAGUGAGGCGCAAGUGCCCUGUGUAAGGGGGAGCCCUAUAGUGAGGCGCAGGGGUAGCACCCUGCAGCAACAGCCAGAAGAGUUGGGUGAAUAGGAGUGUGUGUAAUUGUGACAGGCUGCUGUGGGUGUGUCUAGUGGUGUGCAAGGGAGGAGCACUGAGUGUGUAAGCCCAGCAUACCCAGUAUGUAUGGAGAAACACUGUGUGAGUGUGUAACUGCCUGUGGGAGAAUGUGAGAGUGGGGAGUGUGCGAGAGUGCAAGGGUCAGAAUAGAGAGAGUGCAAGGGUCAGAAUAGAGAGAGUGCAAGACUAAUAUUGUAAGUGAGUGUGUGAGUAGCAGUCUCAGUAGUGUGCGAGGGGGAACGCUGUCAGUGUGAAUAAAGAGAGUGUGAGAGCACAAGGCACGUCUCACUGACACGGUGAGUGGGGGUGGGGCUUAGGGAACAGAAAGUGAAAGGUUCCAGGGGAAGGUCUGCGAGACGGACUACCGGAGGCGCUUGAGAAGGAAGUUACUGGUAUAACAUGGAGGAACCAACAGGAAAAGGGACAGUCGCAGAGCUGUUCCAAGCUCUAUAUGAGAUGGGUUUUGGGGAGUCCCAGGCUCAGGCAGCAUUUACAGCUGGAUGUUUCAGGGUACAGGAGGCUGUGGAGUGGAUCCUGAACGGGAGACAGCACCGGGGCACCUUGCAGAGCCAUCCAGAGGCUGACUUAGGGGCAAUAAUGGCCUUCAACCCCCCAAAAUCUGAAGGUGGACUAAGAGAUUUGUGUCCUUCAGACGCGACUGUGUCCCUAGAGCGUGAGUCUCAGCCACUGGUCAUGUCUCGCCAUACCCUGCGUUGGAGAGAGUACGAUACAAAGCAGAGUGCCAGCCUGGCACAAAAUAUGAAGGAGACUAAACGCAACAAGGAGAAGGAACGUGACCUUGUGCUGCAGCGCAUUGCCGAGGAUCGCAGGUCCCAGCAGGAGAAGGGGCGCAUGGUCACACCCCAAAAGUGUCUGAAGUCUGAGAGCCCAUGUGUAGGCAAGCCUCACAACUCCUGUGCCCUUAUGGUGCGCCUCCCUUGUGGUCGCUCAGUACAUCUGGCAUUGGCAGCGGACUCCCCGUUACAGAAGGUGUAUGAGCACGUGCAGCUGGUAGAACCGUCGCUCGGCCCCUGCAGCCUUCGGAGCAGCUAUCCUGCCAGGCACUUCUCCGACGUAGAUCUUUCCCGUAGUCUGGAUGAGCUCGGACUGACGCCUAAUGCUACUCUGUGUGUAUGUCCCAGGCAGAACCCCCCCGCUGUGCAGGAAGCAAACUCCAACGCAGAAGGUCCCAGUGUGUCUGCGCCUCUAAACAUGCCCCCUGAACCCCAGGAUCUGAUUGCUGAAGGAGGCGUGGUUAGAGCGGCACUGACUGCCCCAGCUCAAUCUGUCACCCUCAAUGUCCACCUGAGAGAGGGCCCACUCCCCAGGCCUCUGCACAACUGGGGACCAGGACGUACAUUGCUCUUACAGGAGCAGGAAGCGGCUGGCAACGAGCAACAUCAGAUAGAAGGAGUGAAUGAUGGGGAUGAUGCGCACAGGCAGCCCCCAGGGAACGCGCACCUGUGGCCGGAACAUGGCAGGAGACUCCAAGACAGCAAUCGGGGAGGGUGUCCCACUGAUGCACUUCCUUCUCCAGAGGCCCCCCUGCUGGUCAUGGCAAGAGCUGCGGCAGAGCUGCGACAGGGGAACUCAGAGAGAUCACCCGCCAUAAGCGAGACCCGGAGAGAGGCAAGAGCUGCGGCAGAGCUGCAACAGGAGAACUCGGAGAGACCUCCCGCCAUAAGCGAGACCCGGAGAGAGGCAAGAGCUGUGGCAGAGCUGCGACAGGAGAACUCGGAGAGACCUCACGCCAUAAGCGAGAACCAGAGAGAGGCAAGAGCUGCGGCAGAGCUGCGACAGGAGAACUCGGAGAGACCUCCCGCCAUAAGCGAGACCCGGAGAGAGGCAAGAGCUGCGGCAGAGCUGCGACAGGGGAACUCUGAGAGACCGCCCACCAUAAGCGAGACCCGGAGAGAGGCAAGAGCUGUGGCAGAGCUGCGACAGGGGAACUCGGAGAGACCUCCCGCCAUAAGCGAGACCCGGAGAGAGGCAAGAGCUGCGGCAGAGCUGCGACAGGGGAACUCUGAGAGACCGCCCACCAUAAGCGAGAGAGUGCAGGCUCCUCCCAGCUUGCGCCACUUCUCGCUGCAAGCAGUCCUUCAUCUCAUUGCUGCCCCCUCCAUGCAGUAUUCUCGCUCUUUUUCCCGCGUCACCCCGGAAAUAGUGGAGCUUAUUAUUGAUCACAUGAUCAAAGAGCGCGCCUUGCGUCCGAGAACACUAGAGCUGUUUGGAGGCUGCCCAAUCCGCCAGAUUUCCCUCAAAUGCUACCAGUACUGCACCAAUGAACUGAUUCGACACCUGCAGCACUUCCCAAGCCUUAAAUCUCUCAACCUGAGCUCCUGUAGCCUACUCACAGACCAGGGCCUGAGAGUUAUGAAACAUUUACACAAGUUGCAGUAUCUGAACCUUGGUGCCUGCCCGAAGCUGACUGACAGCUGCCUGCUGCAUCUCCUGGGGCAGAAGCAUCUCUCGCAGCUCAUCCUGGAUCAGACAAAAGUAAGCGACGAAGGACUGUGCAGCUUUCUGCUCCAAGCUCAGUGCUCCCUCACUUACCUGAGUGUGAAUCGGACGGCUGUGAGUGAGAGCUCCCUGAGUGUGCUGAGCCAACGCAUGGCGGAAGUGCGGGUUGUGAGUGUGAAGCACAAUCAGAUCUCAGACGUCUCCUCACUCGUCGCUCUCAAGCAUCUGCACACACUUCAUCUAGAUCACACUCAGGUUUCACAGCACUCUCUCAUGAUGGUCACGUCCCUUCCUGCACUCUCAACACUUACACUGUCUGGAGUGGUGUCUCUCAACUCAGACAAAGUGCUGGAAGGAUUAUCUGGUCUAUCUCUCACUCGGGUGGUCCUACCUGGAAGAAGAUGUCUCUCGGAUUUUGGACUUUCCUAUCUGUCUGGGUUACGAUCUCUUAUAGAGUUGGAUCUAACGGACCACACCCAAAUUACUGAUCAGGGGGUGCAGUACAUCUCGGCACUGGAUAUGCUGAGGACCCUGUCUCUUUGUAACACGUCCGUGUCUGAUUCUGGACUCCUUCAUCUGCGGGGCCUGCGGAACCUGGAGAAUCUUAGCCUGGACAGAACCAAGGUGACCAGCAGGGGGGUGUCUCGGUGCAUUCCUCAUCUUCCGCACCUUCAGGUUCUCGGUCUGUCCGAUACAAACGUGGGGGAUAAUGUUCUGAAACACGGUAUUCGGCACUGCAGGCACCUUGUGAAAGUAAAUCUAAGCCGGACUCGCAUCACUAAUAAGGGUCUGCGGUUUCUGAAGCAAGUGUCAGUCACGCAGCUGAGCCUGGAUGGGUCGGGAAUUACCCCUCAGGCACUGUCAGAGCUAAUGUCAGUGUGCGUCUCCUUAACCAGCGUGAGGGCCAAUAACCUGCGUGCCAUCCCCGCAGAGGAGAUCUCCGACGAUGACGAAGAGCCACCCAUGCAACACUGAUAGAAUAAGAGGCUAUGGGAAAGGCAGGGGUAACUAUCCCUCUAUAGAAAGUAGGGUAACUAUCGCUCUGUAAGAAAGACCAAAGAAACCCCCUCACUUUCAAUCAAGGCUUUUUUUAAAGGGAUUCUGUCAUCGGAAAAGAUGAGCAAACAGAUUUUUUUAUAUUUAAUUUUUAAAUUUGACAGGG